AUGACCAGGACUAUAUGCAAACAAUGUAGAUUUACUAAAUGCUUAGCCAUCGGAAUGAAACCAGAAUUAAUACGAAGUACUGAAGAAAACCAAAUGAGACAACAAUUAAUUGAAGAAAAUAAGGCUAAACGACGGGAGGAAUAUGAAAAAAGUGUUGAUUCUGUGGAUCCGUUACCAGUAUCUGAAAGGUUGACCACACCUUUCCCUCGAAGUGAAGAGUUAAGCGGAUUCUUGAAUGACUUAAUUGAAAAUACACUGAAUUUUAGUGAUGAAGAGAUCAAUAACCAGAUCAUAGAUAUUGAGAGUAGUGUAAUGUCUGAGACAAGUAGUGUCAUUGAAGUUGCAGCUCCAGAUCCUCAACUAGUGGUCGCACCGCUAUUCCCAGUGAUCAGCAAUUAUCACUCGUGGAACCAAUUGGAGUCAAUCCGUAUAACAGAACUGUUGAACGCCUCGAAACUUCUUGACUAUCCGUUGAGUGAAAAUGUACUCAAAGUCCAUACGUUUAAAGAUAUGAUUCGCGAGUAUGAUUACCGUAUGGAAAUCAUUAUUAAAGAUAUGAUCGGUUUUACCAAACGUUUGAAUGGAUUCAAGAGUUUCUGUUCCGAUGAUCAGUGGACUCUCAUGAAGAAUGGAUGCAUUGAAAUGAUUAUAUUGAGACUAUCGCUGAGUUAUAAUGACGAGGGUCAGACUUUCUGGGUGCAUGUGAUUGGGAAUUUGACCGCUAUAGUACUUUACAAUCCUAAUCAUCCAAAUCUCAAACAUAAACGAAAUGUGAAGUAUAAAUUCACUUAUGUUUUGGAAAAGAUGAAGAAUUUAAAGAGUGUAUCCCUUAUUAUGGACCAUUGA